UUACCUAUACAUCUAGUGCGUUUAGACGCAUAGGGACCCUAGACGAAUUCUAAUAUAGAUUUUCGCGGUCGAAAAACUCACUACAUGGCAAUUGCUUGAUGGCGGGUACACUAUUUCUUAAGUCCACAAAUGUGAUCAGCGUUUUUAUAAGGGUUAGUGAUGUGUAGUCCUGGCAAACUCAGUGCAAAGCUAUGUAGGACGUUGAUGCGAGGCUCAACUGAUGGCGAAAGUUUUGAAUUCCACUGUAUGUUGUAUAUUUGUCACCUAGCGCGAUACAUAUUUUUAUAAGAUCUGUAAUCAAGCAAUCGUAAUGCAUAUAUUCGAGGAAAUGGCACGACAGGGGUGAGUAUAUAAAAUUUAAAGUGUAAAGCGGCGAUGGAUGUUUUUUAUAGGGGCUUUCAGCUGUAAUAUAAAAGUAGAUUAAUACAUCGAAAAUCUGGCGGACCUAAUAUUGACAUUUGCAGUCCCUUGGCGGGUGUUAUCAGUGUUACAAACAUAAUAACAAAGCGUAUAUGCGCUGUCCUCCAAUAGUGGUGUUUAAAAAGCAGGGAAAACAAGAAACGAGAGAAAACAAAAAUAUGUACAUAUAAAUAAUAAUAAUUGGAUGUGGAUACAUUCUCGUUCACUCAAUGCUAAGCGACAAAUGUUCGAAGCGUGAAACCAGCAGAGAGGCGGCCAGAAUCUGUUGGGCUGGUUGCACGGUGUGGGCAAAGGGUUUUAUUUUUCUACAAGCUGCGGCUGCUGCUGCUUUUGCUGCUGCCGCUGUUGCCGCUGUUGCUGGUGUGUUCUUUAUUUAUACAUAAACAAUAUAUAAGAAUGUGUGUUCAUGUGUAUGUACAUUUAUUCUGUAUUCAUACAUAGUGAAGUAGGUGUUUUUGUCUGUCUUCUGUGCCUGGCUGCUGCCACAUACUGCCACCGCUGUUGUUGUUCGUUGUCUUUUCAGUUUUGACGUAGUUUUUAGCACUUUGACCAACUAGUUGGCGCGCACAUUUACACUAAACGAGUACAACGUCUCAUUUUGUUUUGUCGGUUCGAAUUUUGUACUGAUUUUCUUUCAACUCUCGGUUAUGUUUUCUUGGUUUUUUUUUUUUUUUUUUUUUUUUUUUUUUCUACAUUCUUCGAAUAAGUGUUAAAUGUGUUGUGAUUACAAUUAAAUUUUAAUUAAAGCAAUUCAUAAUCGCUAUUAAGUAAAAUAAUUACGUUAAAAAUAAACAAUUUCCGGGUAAUAAGAAAAAGCCAUCUAAAGGCUAAAUUAUCGUCCAUUGUAUUGGAUAGAAAAUUACAGCGAAAAUUGUAAAAUAUGCAUUUAUUUAUGUCUCAUAAUGAAAUCUAAUUAAAACUAUUUAUUUAGUUUACAUCAAGUCUCUCUGUAAAGAGCGCCGAGACCUUGUCACAAAAAAAUCACUUUUUAUACCGAUGAAAUUUUUUUUGCAAAAAUGAAACUUAAUCCCUUUCGAUGGUCAUGUUUGUAAUCGUGGAAAAUUAUUUGUAAACUUAAAAAAAAAAAAAAAAAAACUUAAAAUAAACUUUUGCGAAAUAUGAGCAUAUGUAAGAGAGUGUGUGUAUGUGUGUACAAGUCAAUACGUGAAAAAAGAUAUGCCGCUUUUGCUACUAUUAGAAAAUGCAAUGGAAAAAAACAAUUUUAAGUACAUUACGUGUGUAAUUGUUACUAAUUGGGAACAAACAACUGAGAACUGAGAACCGAGUACGCAUCACAGAAGAUGUCAUCAUUUUAAACAUCAAUAAGUUGUUCGCAGAAGUGAAAUGUCGCAAAUGAAAGUAUCCCGAUAAAUAACACUUAACGAUAUCACUGUCGCUUAAGCUAUGCUUUCAUAACAUUACGCAAUGUUCAAGUGAAUCUUUAACAAGAAAAAUUUUAAAAAAGAAGUAAAAAAUUAACGAAAUCGACAACACGAACAAGGGAAAAAGAGCAAAAUGUUUGCCAAACGUUUAAAGCUUUACAAUGAUAAGACAUCUAUGGAACUGUCAUUCAAAGGACAACGAGGCAAUCCACAGAAACAACAUCAAAGAUUGCUGAUAUUGCAAUCGUUUAAACAUUCUAAACGACGAAAAUGUAAGAAGCAAUCUAUAAAAUUCGACUUUACCGGCUGUUGCAAUCAUUCUGUUUGGGACAGGGAUACCCGGCACCGCCAUUCUUGUUGCCUUUCGCAUGACACUAAAACGCGAGUAAACGAUUCGUGUUGCCUGCAGUUGCACUGCAAAGCACUUAAUAAAUUAUUAUUGGCUGCCACUAUGUCACUGAUAUUAAUGACAUCUACAACAACAAUUUGCUACGGCGAAGCAGCUCCUAUGACGUCAACUGAUGAAGUGUUCAACAAUAAACCGCUCCGCGAUCCAUCAUUAACAGUACCGUCCACUUCCUCCUAUACUUCAGCGAUAUCCUCAAUAUCUGAAGAAAAAUUGCAACAACAACAACAACAAUUGUUUGCUUUAUUAAGUUUAAAUAGGAAACCUCUGCCAACCGCUACUAAUGCAGCUGAUAGUUUAAUAUCGCCAUCCACGGUUUCAUUAAUGAAUCGCGUACAAAACAGGCCUUUAUAUCAGGAUAACAAUGAACUGGACUUUCCAAUUAAUGGGGCAUCCAUGUUAGAAACAACUGGCUUUGCCGCAGACGAAGCCGCUCAAUACGCGAAAGCUGAAAAUGAUCUAACGGAAUUGGCUGCGGCUGCCUCUGCUUCUGCCUCUGCGUCUGCGGCAACAAAGCUUACGGUGAUUAAAAAUCUGCAGCAACAACAACAUAAUUCUUCAGGUGAUGGCGCAAGCAAUAGCAGUAAUCGCUAUCAAAACAAUAGCAACAAUAGUAAUAAUUGCCCGAAAGAAUGCAAAUGCCUUAAUGACUAUUUUGACUGUGGUAAAAAGCAGCUGUCCCAUGUGCCUGCAUUACCCACUUAUGUACAAAUCAUAGAUUUAAUCAAUAAUAAACUGAACGAUACGACAGUUUUACAAAUCCGGAAUCUACCAGAGUUAAGUAAAUUAAUCUUGAAACGGAAUCAACUAGACACGAUGCCAAUAUUCAUUGGCCUAAGCGUUUUGAAACAUUUAAAUCUGGCUCACAAUCGUAUACAACGGAUAUCAAGUGAAGCUUUAGCGGCCUUACCGAAGCUAAAAUCUUUGGAUUUAUCUAAAAACUAUUUACACAUCCUCGAGUCCAGCUAUUUCCCUCAAAAGAUGCCUUUAGCGCAUUUACUUUUGAAUUUCAAUGAGAUCUCGACGAUCGAUGAUAAUGCUCUCGACAAUUUGCCCAAUUUAUUGGAUCUUGAAUUGAAUGGUAAUCGUUUGCUUGCACUGCCUGCUGGUGUUUUUCGUAAUUUGGCAAAAUUGCGUAAAUUAUCACUAAAUAACAAUCAUUUGGAGAUUAAUUGGUCAACGUUCCGCGGUCUACAUUCCUUACAGAAACUCUUUCUCAAAUCGAAUAAUAUACGGGCCUUACAAGAUGGAGUUUUUCACGUUAUGCAUAAUAUAGAAACUAUCGAAUUGGAUAAUAACGGCAUUAGUUCGCUUAGUCGUCAGGGUCUUUUCAAUCUUACGAAAUUGCAUCAUUUAAGUUUAUUGAAUAAUUCGAUUUCGCGCAUAGAAUCCGAUACAUGGGAAUUUACUCAGUCUCUAAUCUCAUUAGAUUUGUCGUACAACAAUAUAACAGAAUUUAAGCCGCAACAUUUGGAUUGCCUGCAAAGAUUAAAGAUCCUAAAUUUGGGUCAUAAUAAAAUUCAAUAUUUCUUGGAGACAACAUUCGAUUGUGUUAAAAAUUUGGAAGAAUUAAAUUUAAGGCGUAACAAGCUUUCAUGGAUUAUAGAGGAUCCGGGAGCACCUUCGCCAUUCAAAGCUUUGCGCAAAUUAAAGAAACUCGACUUGUACGGUAAUAAUUUGAAACAAAUUAACGUAAAAUCGCUAAGCGGUCUGGGGAAUUUGGAAUUUUUGAAUUUGGGUGGCAAUGCUCUAGCAUCUAUCCAAACAGGUGCAUUCGAUCAUAUGGCGCAAUUGCAAAAGCUAGUUUUUAAGUCAUUGAAUUUUAUCUGUGAUUGCAAUAUUUCAUGGUUCAAAUCAUGGCUGCAGCGUCAUUACGAAACGGCUCCUAAAACCCAAUUGCGAAGCGUCUCUGCGCAAGCAGUUUGCGGUUACCCCGAACACUUAUUGGAUCGUGAACUAAUGUCACUUAAUCAAAAUGAAUUAGUAUGCGGUGAAACUCCUAAACCAGUUUUGAUUCAAGAACCCGUCGAUCAAUUGACUGUGAAAGGUUCGAAUGUAACUAUCGAGUGUACAGCUUCGUCGCCUACUGCUGCUUCCCUGGCGGCGGCCGAUGAACUGAAAAUUAAAUGGCGUCAUGACAAUCAAAAUAUUAAAGAACAAGAACGACACUCAUUUACCUCGAAUUCUCUUUCUCAGAAUAGUCUAAUAGCAACGGAAACCCAAAUCUAUUAUAAUAAUAGCAAUCAAACUAGUAUAAGGGGUUACUUGCGCUUGUUCAAUGUAAGCUAUGAAUCGGCCGGCAGAUACCAAUGUGUGGUGUCCAAUGCUUUUGGCACCACAUAUUCGCAAAAAUUUAAAAUAUCCAUUGGCAUCCGUCCAUCUUUUAUGCAAAUACCCUCCAAUUUAACGGUGGAUUCAGGCGAUACGGCCCGUUUGGUCUGCUCAGCUGCUGGUGAUCCAAUGCCGGAUAUAGCUUUACAAAAAUUUGGUGCUAGUGAUUUCCCGGCAGCCACUGAACGUCGCCUACAAGUUAUACGGGAAGAGAAUGCUUUUGUUAUUACGAAUGCCAAACCUAAUGAUAGUGGCAUUUAUACAUGCACAGCGGAAAGUGCAGCGGGCGAAAUCAGUAUCAACGCUUCGUUAUUGGUUAACGAUAAACCAUUGCCUUCUAUUCCCAGGGUUCACAAAGAAAUUGUGUUGGGUAAAUCCAGCGUUCUCGAGUGUUUGAAUGAAAUGGCUUUGUCUUUAACUAAUUCGCGUCGUGAAUGGUUUAAAGAUAAUAAACCGUUUCACAUAACCUCAACUUUUGAGUCGGAGCGCUAUUAUUUUACAGCCGAAAAAGAGCUAUUAAUCAUUGUGAAUACUCAGUCUGUGGAUGCGGGACAAUAUCGCUGCGAAAUAACUGACAAUACAAAAACCUAUGCUAUGCAUAUCGAAUUAGUUGUGGUUAAGGAAAAUUUAAGCCAAACGGUUAUCGUUGUAGGCGUUGCGAUAGUCACUAUAUGUUGCAUAGUGAUCGGAUCUCUUAUCGUUUGGAUUAUUUUAUACUAUCAAAAGAAGAAAUUGUUUCUGACUGGCGGUGGGGUUAACAAUGGUGCAGGUGUUCUAAGAAGUGGUGGUGGAAUGGGCGGAUCAGGUGCAAGAGUAGCGGCAACCAGCAAUCUUGCAUUAGAUCAAACUCAACUCACACCUUUGAAUCGAACAUUCUUGAGGAGGCAACGUAGUAACUUUUUACCUAACCAAAGACCUAGAAGUUUAGCAGCUUUAGAGUUAAAUGAAAAACAUUAUAAAGAAGAAGACGCAGAAGAAUAUAGCCAAACGUUAACCGGUCAGCGGAGUUGUUUAAUUGUUACUACGACUCCUAAUUAUCGACAAUUAUUAAUACAGAAAAGAAAUGAAUCAGAUGAGCAUGGCGAACUUUUGGACGAAGAGCAUUUGACAUUAGAGUACUUGAGAAGAAACUCUCCACACGACUUUGAACAUCAGCAGGAUCAUUUGUCGAGUAAAGAUUCAGGCACUGGCUCAGACGCGGCUGUAAAACGAAGCAUGGAAGAUUUCAAUAUAAGCUUAGUGCCACCUAGUUCAACUACUGGUACCAUUGUACACGCAGGCCGGUCAUCUUCACCCAAGCUAGCUACCGACGACGACGACGACGACGACGAUGAUGGCGAGACGGAAGAGGAUGACGAAACAGGUGCUUUAUCACCUGAUCCAACUUCACCAAAUAGGCAUGAGGAUUUUGUAACAUCGCCCACAUUGGGUAUUUCGGAGUACGAUAUAGAAAUGAGCAUUUUAACUCAUAAUAAUAAUCAUGCAAGCAAUAAUUUACUACAGAAGGACAGUAGUAGUAGUAUUUGUUCGCUAAAUAGGUACGAAAUUGAGAGAACUGAUAGUAAAGGGAAAAUGAAAACUUCUCCAAGUGAUACCUUAACACCUACUACACCGACAAAUUGUAAAACAAGUACAAAUUUCUGCAAUCACCUCUCACAUACGGUGGAUAUUUAGACUUAAUCCUCGCCCUUAUCCAUUAUGGAUAGAUAACAAAUCAAAUGCUAAACCAAAUGUAAAGACUGUAAAUGUAAUUAACGGCAUACGUGUUAAUCUACCUUUCAUCGAUAGCGUCGAUCGUUUGUCUUGUAUUUUUAAACAUUUAUCACAGCAUAUAUCCGAAAAUGGCAGCUCAUUUAUAACAGCGGCAGCUAACAAUCAUCUUGACGUACGUACAGGUAACCCAACUAAAUAUUUUUAUUCAACGGUUUACGUUGUUUUCGUCAGUAUUGUUUUCGUUUCGCCCCCCAAUCUUUUAAUUCUUUGUAAACUAUGCGAUUCAUCCUUGUGCACUAUCAAUGUAGUCAAAUUUUUUCGUUACCAACUGCUUUGACUUCUUUUAUUCCACCGGUCACCGGCUUUCAAAUACGUAGUCGAAGCUUUAGUUCGUUUUCUUAAAUACGCAAGCUCUCCAGAAUUGUGGCCGUAACUACAACAUACAAGUAGUUGUACCGAAAUUCAAGUCUUUAGCUCCUAUGUGGCUGGGAUAUUUUGUCGAAAAUAUUUGAAAAUUUUCAUCUGUUCUUCAAAGGUGCACUUCGUGCGCUUCUAAGCUCUCUUCAGUGCGUUUUGUAAACGAUUUACUUUUGCUUGCUUCUUUCCUCAUCUUUCAUGAGCGUACGAAACAAGCAAAAAAUUGUGAUUAUGAGUUCGUAAUAAACAUAAGUGAUAAAUGAUGUUGGAAAGACCGAAAAAACCCUCCAAAAUACUAACGCCCAUACCACGCCUUUUGAAAUCGAUUUUUUUUCUUUCUAAGACACAUCGAAAAGAAGCUUAAAGAACCCUGUACAUGUAACACUGUGACGUCUAGAAAGACAUGGGGCAUAAGAAACACGCGUACCGUGAGGUGAGUGUACCGAGCCUACAUUACAGCUGCGACCGCAUGCUAAACGUCAUUAAAGUAUAGUCUAGCGGACCGGGAGAUGAACCCGCUUACGUUAAUAGUCGCUACUUGGCCAUGCGUUUACUUGGGUAUCCGGUUAGAGUUUUGAUGGUAGUCUUCUUCAAUCCAUAUUUUUUUUUUUUAUUUAUUUUUUUUGUGGAACAAAUCAGUCACCGGAUGUCCCCUAUUCGCGUAAUGCGGUAACGAUCAGAAAGAAGCGAGGAAAGAGAAUGGGAUAUAGAAAUAGUCGAAGCCCAAUGUAUAUGUACCGUAGUAUGUUGUGCCUUUAACGACUGAGCAGUCAUUAUAGCUACGACCAAAGCAAACUUUCCAGCACUGAGAUUUGAAUCAGCUCCAUCUAGAAAAUUAUGAAUUCAUUCCAAAGCAUUAUUCGUGUGAUCAAGCCAUCAAAAUUAAAGCUUUUUCUAAAGGGCUUACUUUUCAUGGGAAAUCUUACAUGAAGUAGGGUCCAAGAAAUAUACCCAUGUUCGAAUUUGACGCCUCUCUUCAACAAAAUAUUAUUCCCUGAGAAUUACUUUAUGUGUUGCCAAUCGAGAAAUAGAACUACCUGUUCCAUGUUAGGCAAGGUUGAUAUUUUUAUCAAUUUACUAUCGUGAAUCAAUUUUCGCCGCAAAAUAUUGGUAAUUAGGUCUUCUUACAAUAUAAAGAACUGGAGUAAUGGUAAUGUGAGAGAGUGUUUAAAAAAUUGCCCAGACCGAUCCACACUUUUCACAUCAAUUGAAAAUGCCGAAAUUCGAAAUAGGACGUUAUAUGGCGAGUGGCCGAAAAAGUGGACUGAUCCCAAUCACUUUCAAUAGCGUUCGUCCUUGGGUCAAAUUUCAUCAGAGUACAUCAAAAAUGGUACCUUCGACAAAAAAUACCUGGACAGGCGGAUAGAUAAGCUCAGAUCGUUUCGGUGUUACAUACACAAAUAUAACAUGUCAUGUAGAAGUAAGGUAGAGUAUAAUGAGCGUAAAUAAUAUCUUCACAGUAAUAAGUAAGCUGAUAAACGCUAAAACGCUUGAACUACCAACGUUUUGCUUAAAUUUAUUUCUUAAAAUGGGUUAAAGGAGUUGAAGGCCGUUUCACGAAGAGCCUACGAAAAAUGCAUGAAGGGUUUUAAGGACAACAACAUUAGGUUUGAUGAUGAGGUUAUUUUUUCACUUAACAAUUCCGGAUACGUUUGGUAUAAAAUAUAUGUUCAACUGUUUGUUAAGUAGUAUUUUUAACGAUAUUUGCAAAGUUCCAACGAUGGCUUGCAAGCGAACUCAACACAAGUUGAAGAAAGAUUGCCCAUGUACCAGUUGUUAUAAGUCAUUAGGAUCUUUAAAUAAUUAAUUCCCGCUGCCUUAUGAGCAAAAGUGUAAAUCAAACUUUAAUUUUAAACUAAUUUCUUCCUCUUAUUUUGCAUUACAACUGUAGUGGUGUAACUUUUGUCCUUUAGAUUUUAAUUUUAAUCAAAUUGUACAAAGACACGAACUCAAUAGUAUUUAGCCAUAAAAAUAAACAUAGUUUCCGUUUUUUUUUUUUUUUUGUUUCCAUUCAUACGAUAUGGACAUUACAGUUACAGUACAAAUCACUCCUAAUAAAAAUUAAAAAAAUAACAAAAGAAAAAAAACUAAUUUUUAAAAAAUAAACAAAGAAAUUAAAAAAAAAA